AUUAUUGAAGUUGCUGACUAUACUUUUCUCUCCUGGUCUAGGCUAAAAAGAAUAAGGGAGCCCUUGAGGCCCAUUCGGUGAAAAUCUGGCCGAUUGUACCAAUCAUCAUAUCAUUCCGGUUCACCGAAUCGACUUCGUCUCCUCAAUCACCACGCGCAGUUUACCGCCCGUGUUGAACACGUUCCCUGUUUUGCAUCUGCUUAAUUCUCCCGCUAACUUUUAUACCGCCAUUUUCCCAGAGCUGCAUUUCUCUGGGCAACAAAACUUACCCUCAUUUCCAUCAAUUUGAAAACUCCAUGAACCAUCGAGACGUCGUUUUGGUCUCCACGGCCACUGUUUUCGGUGCGUUGGCCUCUGCGCUGGCUCUUCGUUUCUUCUCAUCAACUCAAAAGAAGCCAUCUCCGGGAUCCACAGUCGAUUCGCCGACGAACGGCGUCGUUUUGGAAAAGCGAUCUUCGCAGAGCCCUUUCGAUCCCUCAAAAAGAAAAGGAUAUUUGUCAUGGGAUGAUUAUUUCAUGGCAAUAGCAUUCUUAUCAGCUGAAAGAUCCAAAGACCCUAACAGGCAGGUUGGAGCAUGCUUGGUCAGCCAAAAUGGUGUAAUUUUAGGCAUUGGAUAUAAUGGUUUCCCUAGAGGUUGUUCAGAUGACAAGCUUCCUUGGGCAAAGAAAUCCAGAACAGAUGAUCCUUUGGAGACGAAGUAUCCUUAUGUAUGCCAUGCUGAAGUCAAUGCUAUCUUGAACACCAAUCAUGCUUCAGCUGCUGGACAGAAGCUUUAUGUUACCAUGUUCCCUUGCAAUGAAUGUGCCAAGAUUAUCAUUCAGUCCGGUGUCUCUGAAGUCGUAUAUUUUGUGGCAAAGAGGUUAAAUGAUUCAAAUGUUGCAUAUAUUGCUUCUCACAAGCUACUCUCAAUGGCUGGUGUGAAAGUCAGGAAACAUCAACCACAUAUGAGCCAGAUAUUGCUCCAGUUUGAGGAGCGCUAGAAAUUGAUAUUUAUUUUUGUCAGGCCUGUUCAUCAUUUGUAGUGUGUUCAAAAACUGAACAACGAAGCUUGCUUCUCCCUGUAACAUUUCUCCUCGGGCUCUUGCCAUUGAGUUGUAUGAAUAUUAUCCCUGUAUUGUUAUGGAUGACGAUGAGUUAUUUGAAA